GGCUCAGGUGGUGCAAUCAACCACAGCCUGGAUUUGUGUUCUCACAGGACUAGGUCAGAGGUUCGUACCAUCAUGUCGCUUGCAAGGGCUGUGUCCAAGGGCUCGCAGCUGGCCGCUUCCAGGCUUCCGGCGGCCGCCACCGGCUUCUUCGGUGUGCCUUCCACGCCAGAGGAGUGGGAAGCUGCAGGAUAUGAGAUCUCCAAGAAGAAUGGUGCCCCGAAGAUUUACUCGCAGUGGAACAGGUGGUUCCCAUACGAGCCCGUGCCGUACUCACCCAAGUUGGGACCAUACAUUGAGCAUGUGGAGAAGGAUACCGUCUACUAUUGGUGCUCGUGUGGCGAGUCGGUCUCCCAGCCCUGGUGCGACAACGUGGGCUGCGCCGGGACCAAGUUCAAGCCGAUGGUGGUGAUUCCGGAGCACUCGGGGAAGCAGUGGUUUUGUGGCAGCAAGCACAGCCCUAGCAGGCCGCACUUCAACGGCACAUGCUGGUCUGUAUGGAUGGAUGUGAAUACCAUCCCGGCAGCGGGCAUGCUUUUUGGAGGCUGCUUCGUGACCGGGGUGAUCUUCACUUGGAUGGCCCAUCCAUGAACGCCAAAGAAGAAAUCCGAUCGAAGGAGGUGAAAGAUCCCGAUUCCAAAAUUCAGCCACACUCGGGAAUAUUUUUAGGCUUCUUGACGACUGUGCGUAAUCAAUAUCACCUCAACAAAUAAAUAUUUACAACUAUAUAUCGACUAAUUCAAUCACAUCAGAUACAUUUUGAAUUACAACUCAAGAAAAAGGAACAAAAUAUGAAUUAUAGAAUGGACUAACGCCCGCAUAACACCGAUCUCUUAUUUGAAUUAG